UUUUUUUUUGACGAUAGUACUUCAGUGAAUUUUUAUUGUUUCAAAAUGUGGCAAUCACGUUUCAUUUUCAUUACUGUGUGUUAUAUUUUAUAUACAUUCCAUUCGGAAGUGCUGAAUCCAUUUGCAACUGAAGUUACCGUUUUAGGAUCAGAUUGUCCUGGCAAUAUUACUGGAUUAUCCACUUUCCCAUUAUCUGCAUUAAAUGGAGUGUAUAAAGCUGUUGAGUUCUAUUCACCAGGAUCCUUAGAAGAUCAAUGUUAUAGAAUACGUUUCACCCCAAUAAACGACAACAAAUCCAAAGUGCGUAUUGGAUACAAAACUGCCGUAGGACUUCCACUUUAUAUUGAUUUUAUUUUCCUCUCUGAAAAUGUGAAUGGAUCAUUCAAAAUCAUGGAUAGUAUUACUGGUGCAAUAAAUCUAGGAGAAGCUUAUAUCUUGUCAAAUGGAUCAGCAAUUCUAUACUAUUCUUGCAGACCUGGAUUCCAAGGACUUUUAAAAUCACAUUCAAGUGAAGUUUUAGUAUUAACACAAAAUGAUACCAUCACUUGGACUCCAGAAGACGAAGAAAAAAUGAAAGACGAUCUUAGGAAUCAAACUAUAGACUAUGGAAUUGUAAAGCCCUGCUACCAAGGCCCUGAAAAUUGUAAUUCUAUGAAUCUGUAAAAUAAUUACAUAUAAAUUUUUGUAAAAUUAA